UCGGCAUCUUGAAAACAUACUUGACUGGUGGAAACAAACGAGCUGGCUUCGAGACAUCUACCUGAAUAAUUUCAAAAUGUACUUGUCCGUCCUAUCAUUUGUCGAUUCGGAUUCUUUGACGUCAAAGCAACAGCAACACUAUGCCCUGGCGCUGUAUUUUGAUUGGAAGUGUGCGAUCACUGGUAAAAUAUACCAGUCACACUCAGAUCAAACGUUUCAUGCUGUCUCUAAAGGGAAAUUCUAUCGAGCAGUCAUGGCCCGCUUUCUGGACACCAAAAUGCUUCAGUUUGCUACGUUGUGCCAAGACUUGGAAAGCUUUGAUUGGCUUACUACAACCACUUCGAAGAUGUGGUCUGAUAAUCCGAAUCGGACCCUAGAAGAGUCGUUCCAGAUCUUGGAGGCAUUUGAUUUUAUAUCCAACUUUAUGCUCCUACAUAUUCUUGAAGGGCCUGGAACAUUCGCAGAUUGGGUGAUUUCGUCGGACGAACACCAAGCUUUUACACAGGAUCCCAAUGAUUCAUUUCUCAACAACUGGAUAUCUUUGCUACGACGCCUUCAGCCGUACUUGUCACCGUUUGACAUUCUUGUCGCUUUCAGGAUGGAUGAAAUAGACCUCCAAACUCUGCAAUACUUCAAUUCACUGCUUUCACUUGAGGAAUAUGAUCUGAAGUCUCCAAUUUACGAGAUAGAGAAAGAAGUGUGCUGCAAACUAAGCGAAGAAUAUGAUGUGGCUGACCAUGUCUGGAAGAUGUACCGCAACCACGGCUGGAGGAAUGGAGCUAGGGGCACAUCAUUCAACGAGCAUCUCAGUGUCGGGGCAAUUGCAAGCGAGAUUAUAGGGUUCGAGUGCCACAGACGCAACUGGUGGGAAUUGAUGAAGCAAUCAUCCAAAGCUUCACCAUAUGGCGUUCGUUUCUCCCUCCCUUCUUGUUAUCUGUCCACGUUUAAUGAGAGGAUGGAUGAAGACGAAGAUAUCCACUUCAUAAUUACUAAAGAUGAUCUUUUGACGUUAAAUCAUUGAUGACGAGAAAAUUAUUAUGCAAAAACACAGAAAUUAUAUCUUCUGUCCAUGUUUUGUAUUCAAAAAGGUCGGAGAAUUUGGCAGCACUGAAGGCUUGGAGUGGGGCAAGUAAGAAAUCAUCGUAUGUUCGCGAGUGAUCGAUUUCGGAAAAGACCGUAUGAUGACGUGAAAAAGACUAUAGUAUAUUGGAAAGCCGGACAUAUGUACCAUGUGCUUGAUAUUACCGGUGUCCUUGCCGGCCCCAAUGAUUGUUCUCAGACCCAGGCACGCCCCGUGAUAACCAUGGUAGGCUGUAACUUAGUCAUGAGCCAAGUAUUGCUCACAAAUAUGCCAUGUAUAUCCGCCCAUUAUAGUCCACUUAAGGCUUUCAGAUGCCCUUAUAUCAAAAUCCCUUAGAGCAGUUAUAAAUUUGACACUGGCUCUUAGUAGCUUGACUUUUGUUGCCAAGUCAAAGGAAUCAAUAAAAAGUUAUCUCGAUAUACUUGACCUUAUCCGGCGUCGCAACUUUAUUAUAUAAAUUGAGGAUCAGUAUAUGCGUCGCGUAGUAAUUAUCCUCUAAUAAUUUAUUAGAAAUUUUUGGUAUCUCUCAAGAAAUCUAAGCUCUUAUGUGUCGAUAUUAAGUAAACAGGGGUAUAGAAAU